GCAAUGAUAAGAAACUCGUGAUUUUAACCUUCACGUCCUUCUGAGCAAGCGUGUUUCGAUAUUUUGGUACGGGUUAUCCGUUGUCCGUUGGUGUUGUUCGUAAUCCUAGUCUCCCUUUUUUAAAUUAUUAAUCUAAAUUAUUCGAUGGUAAUAUUAAACAUGUCUAAAGUAUUGAGAAACAUCAGCCUGAAAACCAAAGCUCCGGCUAAAAUCACCAACAAUACAGUUCGAUGUAUCAGCUUCAUCCAGUGCAGAAAUGUUAAACAGAUUAAUAAAUACAAACACUUCUACAAUGCCCUUUCGAGUAGGCAGUACGUAUUACCAGCUUAUAGUAAACGAUUUUAUUCAUCUGAUAAUCUACCUAGUCACAAUAAAGUUCUACUGCCAGCACUUUCACCUACCAUGGACAUGGGUACAAUUGUCAGCUGGGCCAAAAAAGAAGGUGAUAAACUCAACGAGGGAGAUCUACUCGCUGAGAUAGAAACGGAUAAAGCUACGAUGGGCUUCGAAACACCCGAAGAAGGUUACUUAGCUAAGAUUUUGAUCGCAGCAGGAACCAGAGACGUACCAAUAGGAAAAUUAGUUUGUAUCAUCGUUGAAAACGAAGAAGACGUAGCUGCUUUCAAAGAUUACGUCGACGAUACACCCGCAGGAGCUGCUGCUAAACCAGCCGCAGCUGCUCCACCACCGCCUCCGAAGCCAGCUCCGGCUGCUCCUCAACCUAAAGUAGCUGCUCCUUCGGCUCCGACUCCUCAACCUUCGUUUACCAAAUCUUCGGAUCGAAUAUUUGCCAGUCCUUUCGCUAAACGAUUGGCUGCCGAGAAAGGAGUCGAUUUAAGUACCGUUGGCCAAGGAUCCGGUAUAUUUGGUUCGAUCGUUGCUAAAGAUUUGAGUAAAGCGAGAGCUGCACAACCUGUAAGUGUUUCUCAAUCUAUACCAGGAGAUGGUUACGAAGAUAGACCAAUUUCCAGUGUCAGAAAUGUCAUUGCUAAACGAUUACUUCAAUCUAAACAAACGAUUCCACAUUAUUAUCUCACCGUUGAUUUAAAUCUGGAUAAAAUAUUAGCUCUUAGAAAGAAACUGAAUGCUGAAUUAGAAAAAGAACAGGUUAAAUUGACUGUAAAUGAUUUCAUCAUCAAAGCUACAGCAUUGGCUUCUAGAAAAGUACCAGAAGCUAAUUCCGCUUGGAUGGAUACCUUCAUUAGACAGUAUAACGCAGUCGACGUAAGCGUAGCAGUAAGCACGGAUAAAGGUUUAAUUACGCCGAUAGUCUUCGACGCUGAGAAAAAAGGAUUGAUUGAAAUCAGCUCAGAUGUUAAAAGAUUAGCAGCUAAGGCUCGCGAGGGCUCACUUCAACCGCAAGAAUUCCAAGGAGGCACUAUUUCCGUCUCUAAUUUAGGAAUGUUCAAUAUCAAAAGCGUAUCUUCGAUAAUAAACCCACCUCAAGCUUGCAUACUUGGAAUUGGAGCUACUCAACGAAUACUCGUACCCGAUUCCAGUUCUGCUGAUGGAACUAAAGUAUCAGAUAUUAUUCAAUUUACCCUAAGUUGCGAUCAUCGUGUAGUUGAUGGUGCUGUAGGUGCCCAAUGGCUGCUCGCUUUCCGUAAAUACAUCGAAGACCCGACCAACAUGUUGUUAUAAAAUAUUCGAAGCUUAAUUUUUUUCAAAACAGGCUUAACAUAAUACUAAAACGUCUAUUGACCAAACUCUGGCUAAGUAAGCAUUCCUUCUACUGUGAAUAUAUUCUUUAAGAUCCCUUCUCCUUCUGUGAGCGUGUAAAUCGUUGUUGAUUUUGUAUUUUUUAAAACGUCAGACGUUAAUAACAGGGUGAAAAUAAUUACCAGUCAGGGAUGCGUGAGUAAAACCUGUUACUUUGAGAUUAGUAUUAAUACGAACAAAUAUAUUCUAAGUAAUUUAUUUCUCGUAGUUUAACAAAUUACGAUACGUUUGACGUUACCACUUUUUAGGGAUUUUUUUCACCAAGAAGAAAAGAAAUUAAAUCUCGUGUAAAAAAUAUUGUAAAAAACAGCUUAGAAAUUCUUUAUUUCUUCUGAGUAAUGUUUAUGUUAUGUUUGUACAAUAUAUUUUAUGAGUUGUCA